GCAUGAAUGACGUCAUCAUCCCGGGUCCUCUGAGGGGAAAACGUGGAGGACUUCCAUGACAACGUGAGGCGAUUCUCUGACCAAAAUAACAUCUAGAUCCACCGACACUGAUCCGUCACCCUCACAAGAAUGGAGUACAUGCAAGCUCCUGCCACAAGCAGCCAGGGGAAUAUCCUGUGCUGUACCUGUGGUGUUCCUAUUCCUCCCAACCCCGCCAACAUGUGUGUCGCCUGCCUACGUACUCAGGUCGACAUCUCAGAGGGAAUCCCCAAGCAAGUCACAGUGCACUUCUGCAAGCAGUGUGAGAGGUACUUGCAGCCCCCAACCACCUGGAUGCAGUGUGCCCUGGAGUCCAGGGAACUGCUAGCUCUGUGCCUGAAGAAACUCAAGAGCUCUAUGACCAAAGUUCGUCUUAUUGACGCUGGCUUCCUGUGGACGGAGCCACACUCUAAAAGGAUCAAGAUGAAACUGACCGUACAGAAAGAGGUGAUGAAUGGUGCGAUCCUGCAGCAGGUGUUUGUGGUCGAGUUUGUCAUCCAGUCGCAGAUGUGUGACGACUGCCACCGUGUGGAAGCCAAGGACUUCUGGAAGGCUGUGGUGCAAGUUAGGCAGAAGACUGCUCAUAAAAAGACAUUCUACUAUCUAGAGCAGCUGAUCCUCAAGCAUAAACUCCACCAGAAUGCCCUCAACAUCAAAGAAAUCCAUGAGGGGAUUGAUUUCUACUUCGGCUCCAAGCAGCAUGCUCAGAAGAUGGUCGACUUCCUCCAGUGCACCUCGCCCUGCAGGUCAAAGACAUCCCAGCGCCUCAUCUCUCAUGACAUCCACUCAAACACGUUCAACUACAAGAGCACCUUCUCUAUGGAGAUUGUACCCGUCUGCAAGGACAAUGUCGUGUGUCUCUCACCACGUCUCGCUCAGAGCCUGGGGAACAUGGGUCAACUGUGCGUGUGCAUCCGUGUCACCAGCACCAUCCACCUCAUCGAUCCAAACACCCUGCAGAUUGCUGAGGUGGAUGGGAACACAUACUGGCGUAACCCCUUCAACAGUCUCUGUCACCCACGGCAACUGGAGGAGUUCAUUGUGAUGGACACUGAGAUCAUCAGGGACCAGAAGCUGGGAGCAGGAGCGGGCUUGAGGUCUAAUAGGCACUCCCUGGCUGAGGUGUGGGUUCAGAAAACAUCAGAGAUGAAUACCAGCCAGCAGUAUCACUGCCGCACAUUCCUUGGCCACUUGCUCAACAUCGGAGACCUGGUGUUAGGGUUUGAUUUUGCCAACUCCAACGUCAAUGAUGAGCACCUGAAUAAGAUGAACCCUCACCAUGUUCCAGACGUGGUGCUGAUCAAGAAGAGCUACGACCGCAGCAGGAGGGUGAAGCGCAGGAACUGGAAACUGCAUGAGAUGUCCAGAGACCGUGAUGGCAUGGACACAGAUGAUGAGAGACAAUACCAGGACUUCCUUGAGGACCUGGAAGAGGACGAGGCUCUGAGGAAGAAUGUCAACAUCUACAAAGAUGCUUCAAAGAUCCCUGUGGAGAGCGACACUGAUGAUGAUGGAGCGCCACGUAUUUCCCUGACGGAGAUGCUGGAGGAGCUCAGCCUAUCAGACGCCACAGGAGGAGAUGGCGCCGACAUGAUGACAGAGUAAACAGUGGCCAUCAGUGUGACACUGACGGUUACUCUGUCAAACACAUGUCCACUGAUGAGGCAGUUUUACGAAUACAGACCCCGCUGAUUCUGAACUGACACGACUGAUGAGUGAUUCAAACAAUUGAUUGAUACUUUUUCAUACUUCAAAAAAAUCCACAGUUGAUUGUUAAAGUGAAUCAUCACAGUUAAAGUCCAUUACAUGUGGAUCAUAUCGGUGCCACUUAGUAACAAAUACGUUUCUUCUGAGAAACUGGACUUUUCUCUAGUACUCUUCUCCUUAUGUGGUGUAAAAUCUUUGAAGUGCAGUCAAAAUGGAGUGAUUAUAGUUAACUAUAUCAAAAUAAAUAUUUGCCCCUAUGCAAACUUUA